AUGGGAAAGAACUUGUCAGAAGACUACGCUUUGUCUUUGAUCCGAAAAUGGGAUGGCUUUAGAAAUCUGGAGAACAAAAGCAAGGUUAAAGAGGUAUGUUUUACAGUAGUAAGCUGUAUUUUUACUGCAUAUUGAUUACUGAUUUUUUUGUUUUUAUUGUAUUAUAAACAACAAAUUAUAACUAAAUUAAUUCAAGUAACAAAAAACUUUCAAAAGUGUUUUAGGUAUCAGUCCAGCCCUUAUCAAUAGAUGAACUAGGCUAUUUGUCGAUUGUUUACAGUGCCAAAGUUACAUUUGAAGAUGGCUCAACGUUUCCAUAUAUCAUUAAAACACCAUGCAUUGAUCGGUUUACCGGGACAAUGGAUGAUGAAAAAGGUUUCAGUGAUAUGGAUGAGUUCUUGUUUACAUGUCACAACCGUGAAUGUAAAAUGUAUCAGAUACUCAGUAGCAUCGAUGUCAAGGUUCCAAAGCUAUUUGCUUCUAAGGUAGGAAAAAAAAUCAGAUUUGAGCUUAUACUUUGUUUUAGAGCUGAACUUUUGCUUUGGCAUAAGCUUAUGUUUGGGUUAAGGUGGCUAGAACUUACGCCAGGACUUAGGCUAGAGCUUAGACUAGAGCUUAAGAUUUAAGAUUGGGCUUAGGCUAUGUAGAUUAGGUCUUGGGUUUAAAAUUAAGCUUAAGCUUUGGUUUAGGAUCAAGCUCAAGCUCAAGUUCAAGCUCAUCUUUAGUUUCAGGCUCAGGCUCAAGCUCAGGUUGAGGCUCAAAUUUAGGCUCAGGCUGAAGCGGAAGCUGGAGCUAAAGCUAAAUCUCAAGCUCAAGCUCUAUCUCAAACUCAAGCUCAAUUUCAGGCUCAGGUUCAGAUUUCGGCUUGUGCUUAUGUUUAGACCUAAAUUUUAAGCAAAGUAUUAGCCUAGGCUUUAGCUUAUAGUCAAGUUUAAUUUUGCUUUUGGAUUUAAAAAUUUACUUUAACUUCAGGAAGCCACUCUUCAAGACAAAAACGGUUACUUAGUAAUGGAAUCAUUCAUCGAUAAAGCUACAAUAAUGUCACCUGUAUCGCAAAUUACACCAAAACAGAUCCUUAGUGUAGCCUCUAACUUGGGUAAAAUACGGGCUGAACUUGAGAAGCUAGACCAAAACCAGUGGAAUGAAUUGAAUGACACUUUUCGAUUGGACAGAGAUUUGGUCGGCGAAAUGAUGGAGCCUAAUAUUGAAAAGCUAUUGAAGUACGAUCAUGACACUUUUUACCCACUGUGCCGGAAGCUGAAGCCUUAUUCUGGGCAGAACUUCUUCGAAUAUGUUUUACAGACCAGAGCUAAAGACUUGGGUAAGAUGUUUUUGAAUUUUUUAUACUAAAGCACUUUUUAAAUACCUUAUCCAUGCCUACCUCAAUAUCUUAUUUUCAGGCGUAGAGUGGCUGGUUCACUCCGAUCUUCACGGUGGUAACUUGAUGUUCAAAAACAACCCAGAUGGCAGUAUUUCACCAGAAUUGGCCACCAUAAUCGACUGGCAAUCCGGCUUUUCAGGCAAUUCUUUGUUUGACCUAGCCAGAUUCGCUUGCAUAUCAGCCGACGCUGACAUACGACGAGGUUGUGAAGAAGAAGCUGUUAACUCCUACUAUGACAGUUAUAUUAAACACUCUAAGAACCCGAAUCCAAAAUUCACACGAGAAGUUUGCCAAGAGCUGUAUGAGUUAGGAGUAAUCUUGGAGGGGGUGGAGUGGCAGAUUAUAUUUGCCUUUUUUGGAAACAACCCUCCAGGCAAUAACGAAGGACAAAUUGAAGCUAUCAGGGCUAAAAUGGCAUUAAGAGCACGACUUGGAAUGGAAGAUGCGCUGAGUUUGAUAGAAAAACAUAAUUGUAAACAAAUUGUGGAUAAGUUACCGAGCAAAGUGUUUUUGUGA